UCAGAGAUUGAGUAAUACAUUGUAACACGGACAUCAUCAUCAUCCUCAUCAUCCUCAUCACUGUAACAGCUUGAACUUACUGACAGUUUUUACUGCGUGGAUCGUGACGCAAAAGUUUCUUUUACAUUUCAUCUACGUUACCUGCAAAAGUCUGAUCAUCAGGGUUUUGGAUUUUUUUGAAUGGUUUUGAUCGUUUGUCUUUCCAUGUGAGAGACACUGUGGAGUUUUAUAUCCGAUAAACGCGUCAGAAUGUUUAUUUGUUUUUAUAUUAAGAGUUUGUUGUGGGUUUUGACUUUGUUGGAGUUUUGCGUUCGUGCUAUUGAGGCUCAUGAAUGCGCGCCGUGCUCCCUGCGCUCGUGCCCGCGGGUGAGUCCGUUCGGGUGUGAUUCAGGUCGGGUUCUGGCUCGUGACCCGUGCGGGUGUUGCGAUCAGUGUUCUCGGCUGGAGCUGGAGUUGUGCGGCGGGGUAGACUGGACUCUGGGUUACUGCGGCUCCGGACUGACCUGCACGGCUUUAAACGGAACCGGACCGGUACUCAUACCUGCUGCAGGUGUCUGUAAAGUGGUACCUGAUGGCACAGAUGCAGAUUUGGAAGAUGUUGGCUGUUCUCUGGUGAGCGGCUGUGAUCGUGUCAACGAUGAAUGUGUGUGUGAAUCCAAACACUCGUGUAUCAGGACGUUCAGCUAUCCAAACAGAGACUCAUGUGUCCACGCUGGCCGAACAGGGUCUCAUCGUCAUGAGCACAAACACAAGGAGAAGUUUGUAGGUCCUGUAAAUGGGACGUGUGUGUUUUCAGGCUGUAACCUGACGGCUCAAGGCUGUGUUUGUUCAUCGCAGAGCUGUUAUGAUCACUUCACGUAUAACAACCGCAAUCAGUGUCAACAAGCAGCAGAGAAGUUGAAGUGUGCUGAUAUCAGCUGUCCACCUCUGUCCACCCCUGAGUGCCCGUCUGAUUCAGUUCUGACACACCUCUACACUCCACCUGAUGAAUGCUGUCCUACAUUACCUGCUCAAUGUACGUGUGCCCCAUGCCCACCUCCACCCGACUGCAGCGGCGCUUACAGAGUCGUAGAGCUCACACAGCCCAACGGAGCUCCUGGAAACUGUUGUCAUACCUACACCUGUCAAAGAGUUUCCUCCAGGUGUGUUUAUAAUGGUCACGAGUAUUCAGAAGGUGAUGUGUACCGUACGGACCCGUGUUGGGUGUGUCAGUGUCGAGGUGGGAUAUCGUUCUGCUCUAAAGCUGAAUGUGCUGAACUGGACUGUGAGAACUUUUACGUUCCAGAGGGUGAAUGUUGCCCUGUCUGUACAGAUGUGGAGCUUCUUUCGGUGGAGAGCACAAAGGCGAGCUGCUGGCUGAACCACAGACUGAGAGCUCAUGAAGAACAAUGGAAGGAAGAUGAUUGUACGUUCUGUCAGUGUGUGGAUGGAGAACCGCACUGCACCGCCAUGGCCUGCAAACUGAGCUGUCAGAACCCGGUGAAGAUCGCUGGAGAAUGCUGCCCGUUCUGUGAAGAGCCCUCGUAUGAGACCGUUAGUCCUGCGAUUUGUCCUCGACUGAAAAACUGUUCUCUGUCCGGCCACGACUGUCCUCUCGGUUUCCAACGGGACCGCAGCGGAUGUCUUCUGUGCCAGUGUGUCAGUGAUGAGUCGUGUCCAGUUUUGUCCUCUUCCUGCUCUCUGGAUUGUCUCACGGGUUAUGAGAAGGAUGGUAACGGUUGUGAUCUGUGUGAAUGUAAAACAUCCACAGUCAAGUGUCGACCUUUGACCUGCAGUAAGAUCUGCCCUCAUGGAUUUGUGAGGAACAAACAUGGCUGUGAAAUGUGUCGCUGUGUUAAAUGUCCACCGUUCACCUGUGACAGACAUUGCACUAAUGGCUAUAAGACAAACAGAAAGGGCUGCAGUCUUUGUGAAUGCAAAGAUAUAGAAAAGCCGGAGCCCAGUGUUUGUGUGACGGCCGACGGUCGGCGUUUUAAAGAGGGAGACAGCUGGCACGAUGGCUGUAGAGAGUGUUACUGUAACGGCGGGCGAGAGAUGUGUCUUCUUAUUUCAUGUCCUGUACCCACCUGUGCCCACCCUGUACUCAGAUCAGACCACUGCUGCCCAUCCUGUGACGCAGAUGAGUCGGGCAGCGGGCAGCCGGAUGGAUCAGAUAUGGUGGUGUGUCGAGCUCCGGGCGGUGAGCUGUAUGUGGAGGGAGAGACGUGGAGUUUGGAUGAAUGUAUGAGAUGUACCUGCAGACACGGACGAGUUCUCUGUGAUUCUGAAGUUUGUCCUCCUCUUCUCUGUCAUCAGCCAAUCAAAAUCAAAGACUCGUGCUGUCACGUCUGUCCAGAGGACGAACUCAAUCCACUUCUUCCCGUCAACGGCAGCCAACAGGAAUACUGCGUUUCUACUAACGGAGAAAUCCUACUGGCCGGCGAUUUGUGGAGAUCGAACGCCUGCAGCAGCUGCACCUGUCGCAACGGGACGAUCGAGUGUUUUCACCAGCGCUGCCCGCCGGCCCAAUGUAGAGUUCCUGUCUUACGCAAAGGCCAAUGUUGCCCGCAGUGCCUGGAAGUCACAACAACUUCAGUGCCAGUAGUGCUGUCGACCACAUCGGCUAAACCCAAAGUAACUGAGAGUCUGAAUACAUCCACACAAACUUCAGUAUUUACAGUAGCAGAUCCGUCAGUGAAGGGGCCGACCCAGGUGGAGAUGAAUCUCAUCUACCAAUCGGCAGCCUGGAUCUUGGCGGCCGUCCUGUUGGUGGUGGUGAUGUUUCUCACCGUGAGCGUCCUCAUUAACAGGAGGAGAGAUUGGUUUCAGAUGUCCUGUUACAACGCACCCAGAAAGACGGUGAUCCUGAAGAAGCACAUCAGUAAAAACUCUGUGGUUCACAUGGAUCCAUCCAGAGAGAAUCAGUUUAACAGCAUGAAGAUUGAUUUCCCCUUGGACUCUGGAGAUCGGAUCACCAUCCCGAGAGCCAAACUCUCUAACGGACACGCCGAGGUCCAACGCUAGACAUCCCAUCACAAACUUCAUCAUCAUCUCAUACUCCACAAAAUCCCAACCGUGCGCUGGUGACUCUUCAUCUGCUGCUGACUGUCAGGAAUCGUAGGAGAGAUGAAUCUUCUUCUUCUGUGUUUCAGGAGCUUCACACUGUUUAAUAUAAUGCUGGAGAGACACAGAUGAACUGACCGCUGUAAGAUGAUGAGAUGACGUCUCGUGUCAGCAGCUCUGAUCAGACAGCUGGAAGUCUUUGGAUCAAACCUCUCGAUGGGUUAAAACCUUACUGACUGGAUCUUAAAGAUAUUUUGAGGCCUUACACUACAAACAUCUCUGACUUCUACAAUCUGUUUUUCACAUUUAUUUUAUACGUCAUAAUGGACUGAACAUUCCUCGUGUCAUAAACAGAAAGGUUUCUCUCAGUACAGUGACUCUUAAUGGUCAGCUCAUAUAAGAGGUUUUGAAAAACAAUGCAGCAAGCUCAGAAAAAAUCAUUUAAGAUUUAGGAUGAAUCCAGUAAAAUCUAUUAUAUUUCAUAAUCAUUGAUAUAGAAUAAUUCAGUUUAAUUUGAAAUAAAGUUCAAGUUUAGAUCUUUUUGAGACAAAAAAUAUCCAAAGUGUUUUGAUGUCACUCGUGGGUUCUUACGCCAAAGUGUUCUUGUAAAAAGAAAAAUGUUCAUGAGCUCACAAUUGUUUUAAAUGGCAACAAAAAUGUUUUCAAUGUUAUGAUCGGAUUACAGUAUCUGUAGCUUUGAUAUCAUCUCCAAACGUCUCCUUCAGAGCUUUAUAGUUUUUAACAUCUGUGUAAGUUUAUCUGAGCUCGUGAUCAGAUACACGUCAUCUAAAUCACAAGAAAUAACACUUGUUGUACAGAAAGAAAAUGUGAUUGUAUAUGAAGCUUAACUUCAGUUUGUAGUUGGAUUCAUAGAAACAUCAUUUCAGUUCUGUUUCAUGGUUAGUAUGCUAGAUUUAGUUCUUCUAUCUGUCAAAUGUAUUACAUUAACUUAAAUCUUAUGAAAACAGUGCUGAAACUCGUAAUGGUUGUUGAAAUGUGAAAUGGAUGUGAUCUUGACAGCUUCACACAUAAAAUAUAAUUUAUAUAGAAAUAUAUAUAUAGACAAAUUCUCCAGGAUGAUUUAUGAAUCCUGAACCAUUCAGAUGAUGAUGAUGAUGAUGAUGAAACCACUUUAGUAAAAGACAUCUGAAUGAUGCAGUAGAUGUUUGUAGUUCAUCAUCAGAUCAGUGUCAUUGAUAGCUGUGAGCAGAUGUUUCUUAUUACUACAUGUACAAAACACAUACAAAUAGUAGAUUGACAUCUUAUUUAUUUUUUCAUAUGGUUAUUUAUUAAUAGUUAAUUCAGUUUUGUCCUGGUUUCUGAUGUAGGCAGAGAAACACAAAGCUGCUAUACAGAUUUUAUAAACUUUCUUCUUUAUAGCGUAAUUAUACAUGUAAAUAUUUACCUCUUAGAUGUUGAUCUGUAAUAUGUACACUUGUUUUUGAAAUAAAAAUGAAUUGUGUGGAAUUCCAGUAGUUACAUGUUUGGUUUUUAGAUCAUGAAAAUUCAUCAAUUUGUGAUGAUGGUUCUGUGAUGUAAACUGGUUCAUGUUUCAUAUAAAACAUCUCAAAAGUGUUUGAGAUAUAAAGCAAAUCUUUGAGUUAUUGGAAACAGUGUCAUUUAAAUCUCUUCACUGGAAAGUACCUGAGAAACCUUCAGUCCAUAUUCAGGGGCCAUUGAAUUUUGUCUAUCAGUAUUAAAUCAAAUUUUCAAAA